AACAGACGUAAUAUUCAAUUUUCGGUGACCUCAUAACGUGGAUUAUUGAAUGAAUAGUAGCAAAAAAUGCUUAGUGAAAUUAAAGAAGAUUUUGUAAAUUCAUUAAAAAAUUAUUUCAAAACGUCUUACACUUAUAGAAUAAAAAAUUGAUUUGAAAAAACGACUGCAAAAGUGAGAAAAUAAAUAAAUAAGAAAAAAUUUGUCUGAAAAAGCAGAGAAAAAAAUCUAGGCAGAGAUAAAAUAAAAUUUAUUUGAGCAGAGAAAGAAAGAAAAAAAAGAGAAAAUCGAUUUUGGAUAACUUUUAGAGUGAAAUUUAUACACAGAAUACUAAAAAAAUCAUCAUAAAAAUGAAUAACUACAAAGAUUCAAAAUUAAAGUGACAAAAGACUAUAAAAAGAAGAAAGAAGAGAUUUAUUUUGGACAAGGCCUGAAAUUUUUUGCCUAAAAUCAUACAAGAGAGGAGGCAAAAAAAGAAAGAAUAAAAUUCUGAAAAAUAAAUAAAUUUGUGUGAUGUGGAAGAAAUUCGACAUGGAUUUCAAGAUGGAAUGUGACAUGGAAUGUGGAUUUUCUUCGCCGCCAGAAUUUAAUUUACCUCCUCCACCACUUCCGCCUUUUUUAAAAGAGCUUCCGAAGUGUUCUGAAGCAUCAUCUAGUGAUUAUGAAAUGUGUAGUUUAAUUCCGUAUGUAGACUUCGAUUACAAUAAUUCAUCAAUGCAAGCAUCAGCCAUGAUAUUGUUGUGUUCAGUUUUAAUUUUAAUAUUUAUUUUCGUGUCAUCAAUAUUUAUUUGGAAACAUAAAAGAAAAUCAAAAGAUUCGGUACCAUAUAAAGCAUCAAGUUCGACUGGAAGUCCAAUGGAUCCAUCAAUAGUUUUCAAUGGUUAUGAAAAUCCCGACGCUUUUAUGAUUCGAUAUAAGACACUUGAAAGACAGCAGCAACAUUUUAACAUGUUGCAACCAAAGACUGUUCAUUAUCCAAGUGGCUUUCCUAUGCCACAAACACCGCCUGUUUUCAUAUGCUCAUCGCCAGGGCCAGAUCCAUAUGAGUCAAAUGAUAAUCUGUAUGAAGAAUUAGACCAACCCGAUUCACAAUCAGAUAUGAGUCACAAUGAUAGUCAUAGAACUAUACCACAUACAGUACCAGCUGACAGAAUGUCGGAUAAUUUAAAUUCAUCUGCAGAUACUGCAUCCGUGACAGAUGAAAUUGCAAACAAUAAUGAAAUAGCGACAUCAUCAUCCAAUACUAACACAACGAAUAGUCUGUGCAAUAGAAAUAUGACUGUAGCAGUAGCGUCGGGUGUAAAUGAGAAUGAGGUUGAGCGACGUAACCACAUAAAUGUUCAAAUGUCUAAUACAGCAUUUAGUGUGGCUACAAUAUUCCGAGAUCGUAAUAAUAUGCGUUUUGGUCGACAACAUCAACAACAUCAUCAACAUCCCGCAACAACAACGAGGGCAAACGCUAAUUAUUAUGCACCAUCACAUAAUAUGACAAUGAAUAUUAAUGGUGUGAGUAGUAACCGUGUGAAUAUUAGCGACAGUAACUGUCAAUUUUUAACAAAUCCACGUGCAAUGCAUUGUUGGGGAAAUACGGCUCAAUACGAGCCAGUACUCCCGUCAGUUUAUAAUUCACAAUGCCUAGCAUCAAACAAUUAUCAUCAUCAUCAAAAUGGCAGUAAUGAGACGCAGCAUUUUGCCACAACAAGAAGUUUUAAUAGUUUAAGGAGUCCACAUCAUAUCAAUCAGAAUACGAUAAGUUCAACAAAAAAUUUAUGGAGCUGGUUUAGACGAGUAAGAACGUAAAUUUAAUAUUUCGUUUCCAUUUUCAAAAUUGUAAAAAAAAUUAAUCCUAGACUAAUUAAUUCAUUUAGUUGAGUAAUAAUAAUAAUAAUUAUUCUCCCAAAAAUAUAUAAUUGUGAUAUUGCCAAAUAAUUAUUAAAUAAUUUUGAAUAAGUAAACAACAAGAAGAAAGAAAAAACUUCUUGAGAAAAGGCUGUAAAGUGGGGAUUAAAAUGGCAACAUUAAUUAAUUAUAAUUGAGAUUUUUAAAAGUGAAUUUGUAGUUUUUGUUAAACUAAUCAAAAAGACUGAGUGCCAUGUCAGGCAGAUUUUUUUAUUUUCUUUUCAUUAUUUUCUCUUUUUUUCCUUCCUUAUUUAACUACCGAUCGAUAGUUUUUCUUUAAUUUUUUUUAAUGAUAUACAUUUGAAAACAGUGAAAAUCCAUUCAAAUUCUUAAACAAUUUCCUUACUUACAAAAAAAAAGCUUUUGGCGACAAAAUUUUUGAAAAAAGAUGAUAAAAAAUGAAAAGA